CAAGUCAAAUGUAUCAGUCGACCGACAGGGUUUGAAGUGAUCUUUGUUCGUCAGUUAAUACACAGACCACGGAAAAAAUGAAACCGAUGGUGGUGUUGUUCGCUCUCGCCUCUGUGGCUUGUGGGUCGCUGCUGCCGCUGGCGCAGCCGCCGCACCACCCCGCGCUGGUGCUGGACCCGCACGGCCGCCCGCUGGACACCGCUGAGGUCAUCGGCGCCCGCGCCCUGCACCUGCAGGCCAAGGCUCUGGAGCACCACGCGCCCCUCGUGCACGCCGUCGCGCCCCUCGCCCACUCCGUCGUGGCCCCUGCUGUGGUCGCCCACGCCCUGCCCGCCGCCGUCUCGCACCAGUCCCGCGUCGACGUGCACUCCAGCCCCGCCGUCGUCGCCCACGCUCCCUUGGUCACCGCUCACGCCGCGCCUCUGCUCGGAUACUCCGCGCACGGUCUGGCCGCCCAUGGCCUCGCUGGACACGGACACUGGCUGAAAAAGCGUUCCCUCGGGCACUACGCUCUGGCUGCCCCCAUCGUCGCCCACGCGCCCGUUGCCACCUCCCACCAGUCUCGUGUGGAUGUCAUCUCUAGCCCCGCCGUCGUGUCCCACGCCGUCCACGCCGCGCCCGUGCUCGCUCACGCCGUGCACGCCGCCCCGGUCGUCGCUCACGCCAUCGCUCCCUCCGCCGUGUCCCACCAGUCCCGCGUGGACGUCCACAGCAGCCCCGCCGUGAUCUCACACGCCGCCUACGCUCCCGUCGCCCACAGCGUGCUCGCCGCUCCCCUGGCGCACUCUGGACUUCUCCACGCCGCCCCCCUGCAUCACUCUGCACAUCUCGCUCACUCCAGCCCCCUUGUUCACGCGUGGUGAAAAGCGAAACUGGCGAACACCAAAUAAUUUAAAAAAUAUUGAAAAAAUAAAUUAUGUGAAUACUAU